GAUUGCUUGAAGUACCUAUACUUUAAAGAGAUGGAAGCACGUCAACAUGAAAUAGUCCUUGCAACGGAGACAACAUGUGAAUGGUUACUGCAACAUAGCAAAUUCAGACAAUGGACUCUCCAGAAUAGGGGAUUGCUCUGGAUCAAGGGCAAUCCAGGGACCGGAAAAUCGACAAUAAUGAAGUAUGUCCUCCAAAAAAUGAGCCAUAACAAGCCUGCAGUCCAAAGCAAGCUAGUUAUACUCUCAUUCUUUUUCCAUGGCCGAGGCUCCACACUCCAACAUACCCCCCUUGGCUUCUAUCGGUCGAUUCUCCAUCAGAUUUUGGCCCACGUUCCCAGUGAAUUGUCAGAUCUCGUCACCGAUUUUAGGAAAAAUUGCGAAGUGAAAGGGAAACCGGGCGAGAAAUGGGACUGGCACGAAGUAGAAUUACGAGCUUUCCUCCGGUCGUCAAUUCCCAAAAUCUUGGAAUAUUACUCGAUCCGAAUCUUUGUGGAUGCGCUUGACGAAAGUGGCGAAACCGCGGCGGUUGAACUGGUGAAAGAAUUUCAAAAUCUUAUACAGCGGUACCCAAAUACGUCUGGUUCAGUCUUCAGCAUAUGUUUUAGCUGUCGUCGCUAUCCUAUUAUCAAUUUCAAAGGGGGACUAGAGAUCUGCGUCGACCAUGAAAAUUCCGAGGACAUCAGGACGUAUAUCCAAAGCCAACUACAAGACGAAAAGCACCAGAUAGUGGAAACUAUCAUACAGCGAGCCUCGAAUAGCUUUCAAUGGGCCCGUCUCGUUGUUGAUCGCGUCGAACAUAUGAGGAGAAACGGCAAGAAAGAGAAGAUGAUCAAGGAAGAAAUUCUGCGCAUUCCUCCGGACCUCAACAAUUUCUACCGAGAAAUCUUGGAAAGCAUAAGCAAAGAAGACAUACCUGAAGUGCUAAACCUUAUCCAGUGGAUCCUCUUCGCUAUACGACCCCUCUCCUUGGAUGAAUUACGCUUCGCCACCGCUAUCGACCCCGACCCUCAUUUAUCAUACACUUCUCUACGACAAUGUGAAGAUGAAGGAAUCCUGGCAGAAAACAAUGACGAAAUGGAGAAAAGGGUGAAGUCUAUAUCGCGCGGCUUAGCAGAAAUCCAACUGCACGACGAUAUCCCAGUGGUUCAGUUCAUCCACCAGUCAGUCAACGACUUUCUGUUCGACGACGGUCUCCAAAUACUUUUUAGAGAGCGCUGGGAAUCGCUAGAUUUAGCCAUAGGUUUAGCACAUAACAGCCUGUCCCGGUCUUGUAUCCGCUACAUUGAUAUGGAAGAGAUAGCUUGGCAGAAGAGUAUAGACUGGAACGAAGCAGCCGAAUCCGAGCUUGCUUUUCUAGAAUAUGCCACAACGUCAUGGCUGCCACAUGCAGAACAAGCAUAUGCGAAGAGGAUCCCCCAAGUCGAUUUAUUGAAUUACUUUUAUUGGCCUUCGGAAGAUCUUCUAGGACAAUGGGUUGAUAUAUACAAUACCCUCGAUGAAUACUCUCCUGUCUGUCCAUGUCAGAAAACGACUCUUCUACAUAUUGCCGCUAGAUACGGAAUAGUCGAUCUCCUGUCGGCUGCUUUAGGGACUUUGAACGGAAUAGACAUUAAACCCGACCCAAUGGACAACGACGGUCGGACGCCGCUCUCGUGGGCUGCUCAGGAGGGGCAUAUAGCCGUUAUUAAGCUACUACUCGCAACUGGUAAGGGCGAGGCCGACUCGAAGGAUAUAGAUGGUCAGACACCGCUCUCGUGGGCUGCUAUAAAGGGAGACACGGCU